GCUGGAUCAUAUGACGCUCGGUGGAGGAGGUAUUCAGGUGAAGAGAUGCUGUCUCUGGGGCUCCUGGGGUUUACACUGGUCCUAUCAGCCUCUACUGUCACACCAGCAGAAUGCUUGGCGGUGUCCAUUGUAGGAGGCCAGGAAGUCAAGCCUCCUUACAUACCCUGGAUGGCGUCUGUGCAGGUCAACGGGUUUCACGCUUGUGGAGGAAUCCUGGUGAAGGAACAGUGGGUUCUCACAGCGGCGCACUGCCCAGGGGGAGAGGACUCCAGGCAGGUUGUGACGGUGGUCCUGGGAGCCCACGCUCUGGACCAGCUGGAGGGGACAACUCGUGUGGGCAUGGCCAGGAGCUUCAGACCAAACACCUUUAGCAGAACAACCUUCGCGGAUGACAUCAUGCUGAUCAAGCUGCACACCAAGGUGAAACCAAAGAAGAAGCGCAUUGAGGUGAAACAGCUCUCUCGGUCUGGGAAAGACGUGGCCACGGGCACCAGGUGCCAGGUGUACGGCUGGGGCACGAUGAGCGCCCAGGGCUCUGAGAUAUCAAAUCAUCUGAGAUGGGCCGAGGUGAAGGUGGAAGACCGAGAGCUGUGUACCUGCUAUUACAACAACAAGCCAAUCAUCAACCAGGACAUGCUGUGUGCUGGGAACAAGAAAAUAGAAGCCGAUGCCUGCAAGGGGGACUCUGGUGGGCCUUUGGAGUGUAAUAAAGUCCUGGUGGGUGUGGUCUCCGGGGGAAAUGGCUGUGGGAACCCUAAGAAGCCAGGGGUUUACACCCGCCUCUCUCAGCGGCACCUGGCCUGGGCCAACAACAUCAUCAAGAGAGAAACCAACUCCACUCUCUGGAAUGGCCUGUAAACCAUCCUGGGCGCACUUGAUUUAAAUGUCCUGUAUACCAUUGACUUACAGUCAACAUCAGUGUACAUUACUAUUUACAAAUAAAGGGU